CUCAGGAAUGCUUUUCGUCAACAACUGCUGCUAGCUUUCGUUUCGCAUCAGCUGGAGCUGUUGGCGGGUUGUCAGCAGGAUCUCGAGGCUGUCGGUGCUUUGUUAGAACAGGUUUACAGCCGAAACCAUCAGUAUGGCUACAGCGCAGUCGGCGCUCCUGCUCGCAGUUCACAUUCUGCUCAUCUCAGAGUUCAUUUUGGCCAAGAGAGACUACUAUGACAUCCUGGGGGUCCCCAGAGACGCCACGGAGCGCCAGAUCAAAAAGGCUUUCCAUAAACUGGCUCUGAAGUACCACCCAGACAGAAACAAGGACCCAGACGCCGAGGCCAAGUUCAGAGAAAUAGCAGAGGCGUACGAGACGUUGUCCGACGACAGGAAGAGACGAGAGUACGACCAGUUCGGUCACGGCGCCUCAUCGGGUGAGGGCUACAGAGAAGGAGGAGGGAGUGACGACCACUACAACUUCAGGCAGCACUUCCAGUCCUUCAACUUCAACUUCGACGACCUCUUCAAAGACUACGACCCGUUCAAUCAACAACAACAACAACARCAUCAGCACCACUUCCACUCCCAGAGCCACGCCGACCAGAAACGACACUUCGACAGCCACUUCCAGGCUCACCGGGAGGCCAUGAACCGCCAGCGCCGAGGCUUUCCGCAGGGGGGCUUCGGCGCGGGMGUGUUCGACGACAUGUUCGACGACUUGGAGAAAAUGUUCUCGUUCAACUCGCACGCCUCCAGGACUGAGAACAGGUUCCAGGGCUCGGCCAAGCAGCACUGCAGGACGGUGACUCAGCGUCGGGGGAACAUGGUGACCACAUUCACCGACUGCUCCUGAGGCAGCAGCGGCAACAGAACGGCUCACGUCAGAGCCACUCAGGACACAACCAGGACUAUUGUUUUUUUUGUUUGUUUGUUUGGUUUUGAAAUUGAAUGCUAACUUUGUGGCGAAGAGAACAUUGUGUGGAUCUUAAAAAUUCUCUGCUUUUUUUUCAACAAAUAUCCAAGCUGGUUGAAUAAGCAGCUGCUUUUCAAGCAAUAACUCAUAAAACAGCAUAGAUGUGAGUACGAAUCAUUCAGACACCUCCCUCCCCGAUUCAUUGUUUACUUUGUUUUUCUUUGUGACAAAAUCUGAUAGACUCUGGUGUGGCCAAAGUUUAAAAGAUGAUUUAAGUGUUUUUAUUUUAGGUCAGUGAGGUAAACGUUUGACAUUGUGAAACUUUAAUUCUGCAGCGAUUUAGGCCGAACUUCUCCAUUUAUUCUCAAUAAGAAGCUAAAUUUGACAUAUGAGCACUUUCAGGAACUUGUGCUGCAGUUGCUUCACGUGUUGUGACAUGCGCCGACUGAUCUUCAUCAACUGUUACCUCAUUUUAUUUUCUUGUUUUGAGUUUCUUCCCGCAGAGUUGCAUCUACUUCCACUCAGUCAGGGCAGGAAAUGAAACCUCAGCUCCACGACAAACACUGGUGAGCGGAGCCGCAGGCGAGCGCUGGUUCAAGUCUGGGCUCCUUUGCCGGCAAAGCUGAGCGGUCUGACGAGUUAAGUUUCCCAAACUGAUCGGAACGUGCAAUAUUUAGCACCUUUGCUCCUCAUGUUGCCUAUUUUUCGAAGGCGGUGCCGCGCGAGCGUCGUCGUCUUGAUAUGUCUGCACUUUGGAUGUGUGAGCGUGUUGUUUUUCUGCCAGUGUGCAGAGAGUUGUUUGCAUAAUGUUUUGAGUAAUUAAAACAUUGCAAAAGCAA